AUGCCUUUAAACUACAUUAAUAUUUGCAAGGCCCUUUACGAUUAUACGGCUCUAACCGAUGAUGAGCUUACUUUUCAUGAAGACGAUGUUCUUUAUAUACUAGAAAAUGACGACGAAGAUUGGUGGAAAGCAAAAUUAAAGAUCUCAAACGCUGAAGAAGCCGAAAACUCGAUCGGGGUAGUACCUCGCAAUUAUAUACAGGAGGCGGAAUGUACUGCUGUUUUAAAAGCCCUUUGGGAUUAUGAGGCUGUUUCAGAAGAGGAAUUAUCUUUCAAAGAGGACGAUAUAUUAAAUCUCUAUGAAGAAGAUGAGGAUGGUUGGUAUUUGGUUAAAUUUAACAAUGUAUUUGGUAUGAUUCCGCCAAAUUAUGUUGAAAAGGUAUCUAUGGAUUCUGUUGAGCAGGAUGUACAAGAAGAGAAUUAUGUAGAUGAAGAUAAUUCUGAAAACCAGACAAAUCAACCUAAAACAGUAUCAUUAUUUGACGCAUUAUCAAGCGCAUCCGAUCAAAAUAAUACGUACGUGGAUCCACUAAAAUUAUAUGCAGUAAAAGCUGCUCGCCCAAAAGCUGGAUCAUCAGCAAUCGAAAGCAAGACUUGGUCUGUUACGGAAGUUGUAGGAGACAAAAAGAAACAAAAGAAAAAAGGUGCUUUGGUCAUUGGUAAUGGAAAAGUCAUUUUUGCUAGUGAAUCUGAUAAGGCGCCAGUACGUCAAUGGGAAAUUAAUGAUAUUAUAGAAAUUAAAAAAGACAAAAAAAAUAUUUCAUUCACAUUUGGAGGUUCUAAAGGAGGAACGAUUGAUUUUCAUGCAAAUAAAAAUAUUAUUACAGAAAUUUAUCAAAAAGCCGAGGAUUGUCGUGCUAGUUUAGAAAUUCCUACAGUUAAGGUGGAUAAUUCUUCAAUUAGAUCGAGUAUAGCUAGUUCUACAUUACCCAUGUCUUCACGUUCUUCAUCAACCCAUAAAUCAAUAGAGUCUGAAGAGUCUCAAUAUGAAGAAGAUGAACAGUAUGAAGAACAUGAUAAUGGGUCAAAUCCUGUUCUUGAGGAGGAAGAGGGGGAAGAAGAGCUUGAGUUACCUUCCCCUAAAUUUGGUGUAGCAUUAUAUGAUUUUAAUGCACAAGGAGAUGAUGAAGUUUCAAUACGUGAAGGUGAUGAAUUAUGGGUUAUUGAUGAUGUUAGCAGUAAAGAAUGGUGGAAAAUUAAAAAAGACGAUGAAGAAGGGGUUGUACCUGCUUCUUUUAUUGAAUUGCGUAGUGAAGAAGAUAACGAAGCCGAGAAGGCUGCACAAGCCUCUGCCGCUGCCGCCGCCGCCGCCGAAGCAGAACGCCAGCGGCUCGAAGAGGAAGAAUUUAUUAAACAAGAAGAAGAAAAAAGGCGUCAACGUGAAGAAGAAAACCGUAAACAACGAGAAGCAGAAAAACGUGCUCAAGAGGAGAAAAAACGAAAUGCAGCUGCCCAAUCACAACCACCGCCACCGCCACCACCUCCCCCAGUUUCAUCAAGUCGACCAACUCGGGCAAAUCCUUCUUUAGAAGAAGCAGCUGUAAAGAAAAUUCAGACUCCUGCGAAUCGCGCAUUGCCUGAAAGGCCUGCACAGGCACAGUCUAAAUCAAAACCAAUUCCGUCAAAUACAAGGACCUGGACUGAUCGAACGGGUUCUUUUAGAGUAGAAGCAGAAUUUUUACAAUUAGUUGAUGGCAAAGUGCAUCUUCAUAAGCUUAAUGGUGUUAAGAUUGCAGUACCUGUUGAUAAAAUGAGUAAAGAAGAUCUUGCUUAUCUUGAAGAAAUAACAGGAGAGAAAGUAUAUGACAAAAAUGAUGAUACUCCUCUAGCAGCUAUUGCUGCUGCAUAUAAAGGCAAGGAGAGAUUAGCAAAUAAUUAUGCAAUCGAUUAUAAUUGGUAUGACUUCUUUCUUAGUGCCGAUGUCUCACAUGAGGAUGCAUUUGAAUAUGCUGGAAUGUUUAUUGCAGAGAAAAUGGAUGAAACUACUAUACCUGAUCUCAAUCGUGAUGUUAUGAAAGGACUUGGCAUCAAGGAAGGAGAUAUUAUCAGGAUUAAGAAAUAUAUAGAUCAAAAGUUUAACUUAGGGAAAAAGAGAACCGUUAGUUUUGGCUCAACAAGCGUCAUUCCUGAUGACAUUGAUAAACAAUCAAGAAAUAAACAAAGUGCAAGGGACACUCAGUCGGAAGAUGCCAAAAAGGCACAACAACUUUCGGAAUUUGAUCUUAAAAUGCAAAUGAAACGUGAUGAGCAAUUGGCUAGGGAACUUCAAGAAGAGGAAAACAGAAUAGCUCGCAGUGAAGGGCGUCAAAUCCCUAAAGUUGCUGAUUUAUAUGGUAAUUUAGAUUCAAUUAUACAAAAGGAAGAGAAAAAGACACCUCCAACAACGCCACCACAACUUUUUUCUAAUAAUGGUAUGCUAAAAAACAAUACAAAGAAAGCCCGUCCCCAACCUGCAAAGGCAGCAUCAAUUCAGAUUGACGCUAAAACUCUUGCUAAUGCUAAGGACUCAUUUGAUGAUGCUUUUAAAUCAUCAUCAACUACAUCUGAAAAUAAAUUUGAUGAUGAUGCAUGGGUUCCAAAAAACUUAACACCCCCCUUAGUACCUGCAGCAAAAGCACCAACAGUAAAAGCGCCAACACCACCACCUCCACCACCGCCUCCACCACCGCCUCCAACAUAUUCCGUUCCACAAACUACACCUUCUAUUCCUAUUCGUCCCUCCAAUUUAUCCUCCGCUAAUCUAUCUCCAAAUAGUUCAGCUCUCACUGUAAAUCAAAAUCAAAUAUCACCACGCUUGCCUCCAUUAAGUCAAUUUACGAGUUCCAGCCCAAAUACAUCUGGACAAUUUAAUAUGAAUUCUUGGAAUUCAACUGCUUCAAAUUCAAAUAUGAAUAUUCAAUCAUCCCAGCCAACUCCUCCACCAAUACCCCCUCCGCUUCCACAACAAUCUGUUGUUGUUCCCUUAAACAGUACACUUCAUCCACCUUUAGUUCCUACAAAAUCUAAUAAUAACAUGAAUAAUAAUACAAUGAACAUUCAAAGGUCGAAUUCUACAGGUAGUUUCCAAGGGAUGGAAUCAGGGAAUUUACCGGGAUCAGGUGGCAACUUUAACUCCUCUAUGAGUACUUGGAGUUCUACAGGCUUAACGUCAAAUUCGACAUCAGGGGUCAAUUUGCCUAAUCAAUUUAAUUCAAACACAAAUCAAUUACGACCACAAUCCUCAUUCAAUAACAAUUCAACUCAAUUACAACAAUUUCAAUUACAACAAACAACAAAUCAAUUUCAGCAACUUCAAUUACAACAAACAACAAAUCAAUUUCAGCAACUUCAAUUACAAUCAUCUAAUCAACCACAGUUUCAAUCACAACAUCUUCAAUCACAACAUCUUCAAUCACAACAUCUUCAAUCACAACAUCUUCAAUCACAACAUCUUCAAUCACAACAGCUUCAAUCACAACAGCUUCAAUCACAACAGCUUCAAUCACAACAGCUUCAAUCACAACAGCUUCAAUCACAACAGCUUCAAUCACAGCAAUCAAAAUAUGAUCCUCAGAAUGUAUUUGCUUCUAUGAAAGCUGGUAAAAUCGGACCAAUUGCACCAACAAGUAAUUUAGGGGCUAACGCUUCAUCAGAUAGAUAUUCUGUUUUAAAACAGGUGGAUCCUAAUGCUCCGAGCAUCUUUAACCACCCAAAUUCUCAGAUAAACUCAUCAAGUGGAAUGGGUUUUGGGCAAAAUCCAGGUGGAUAUAUGAAUGCAAAUUGGAAUCAAAAUGUAAUGGGUACUUCUCAACAGACUUCUAGUUUUGGAGUAAGUGGCAUUCAACAAUUUCCUGGAUUUGGUUUUGGUGGCCAACCGAAUCAAAUGGAAUUAAAUCCACAAGGAAUUAAUCCAAAUCAAGGUUUAAACAAUAACUUUGGACUCAAUAAUCAAGGAUUUAAACCCAAUCCGGGUUUCAAUAAUCAGCAAAAUCCUGGAGGAUUUAAUAAACAGGAUUUUUAG